AUGGCUUUAUGUGGUUUUAAUGAAGUAUUAACAUUAACAUUAACAUCUAUUGAAGAAAAUUCACUAAUUAAUAAUUCUAUGAACGGGGAGGCUGUUAAAUUAGGUAAUUUUAAAUCAAAGGAUUGUGAAAUUGUAAGAACUUCACUGUUGCCGGGAAUGAUUAAAGCAAUUGCUAAUAAUUUACAGGAAAAACUUCCUAUUAAAAUUUUUGAAGUUUCUGAUAUUGUUAAAUUAGAUGAUAGUGUGAUAGGCGCAAGUAAUAAAAGAUACUUUUCAGGUAUCAUAGCUGCUAAUACUUCGUUAUUAGAAGAUUUACAAGGUGCACUUACUAUGGUGAUGAAAAAAGCUGGUAUUGAAUUAACUUAUUUAAUCUCUGAUAAACCCCACUUCAUUAACAAUCAGUCUGCUGAUAUUUAUAUUGGAAAGGUGUUAAUUGGUAGUAUUGGUGUGUUUAAUUCUAAUAUUGUUAACAAUCAUUUUAAUAUUCAAUAUCCGUUAGUUGGUUUUGAAAUUAACUUAGAAACAGUAUAUGAUAUUUUUAGUAAUUAA